CUGGUUUCAAGGGAGGGUGCCUCAGAGGGGCUUGUCCAGAAUGCUUCGGGUGGUCUUCAGCAAGGAGGUGAGCACACAGGAAAGCAUCCACUGAUGGAAGAUGAUGCCUCUGGAGGGGAGAGAUGCCGUGGUGAGGCACCUUCGGGCAAAGUUCCAACAGAACAGGAAAGAGCCUCCCAAAGCGGGUGGCUGGCCAGAGAGUCACCCUGCUGCCUCUCAUGGACCAGAGCCAGGACAGACCUCUGCCAUGGCCUCCAAGGGGGAUCCUCCUCAGGAGGCCCCCUGGAGCAGGAGGGACUGCAGCAGGGCCUCUCCACCUCACAGUACAGGUCAGAGUUUGGGACAGCAUUCACCUCAUUCCACCUGCGAGACCCCGGCACGAAUGGUGUGUCGGAAGAAGGGGACGGCUCCAGGUGCCAACUUCCACCCAGUGCGUGCAAAGCCAGCAGGAGAUGUGUUGAACAAGAAGGUGGAAGCCAGCUCUGACCCUCCCCACAGGAAGCCAGCCCAGCAGACACGGCCACCUGCCAAAGACAAGGGGGCUCCAGUGGUUCUUGCCAAAGGCACAGCUGCUGCAUCCCCCCUGCUUGCGGUGGGAAGCCCCCAAAGGAUGGAGCACCCAGCUGUGCCCCGGAGGAAGCCUUUGCCACAUGUCAGGGCACUGGGAGUGAAGCCAGGCAAGCCCCGGCGCCCUCCUGAUGUGGAUUUGGCAAAGUUCAGAGCAGCUGCACAUCCUGGGACAUCCAUCUGUCCUGCCACAGAACCACCAAGGAGUGCUCAGCUGGGUCACCUUCAACCAGGCUGUGCUGCAUCAGUGCCUGCACGGUUCCCACAGCAGGAUGCUCCGGGAGGCAUGGGGGGUGAAGAUGACAUCUACGAUGAUGUUGAGCCUGUUGAGCUGGCCAGGAGAAGACCAGGCCUUCUGCUGCCUCCUGUGUGCCAGUUGCCAGUGUAUCCCUGCCCCAGAGGAGGUGGAAAUGCUGGCCGAGCCUCUAACAGGGUUACCUUGCUGGCAGCUACACAGAGAGAAUCCCAGGUGUCCCAGAAGAUGAAGACAAUGACACUCAAGGCAUGCAAGAAAGAAGAGAAGAUGGACAGGGGGUUUCAGAAGAAAUUCAAGUUCGAAGGCAGCAUCCAUGUCCUGACUCAGAUGAUGGUCGACCCUGCAGCAACAGAGAAGAGAGGUGGAGCAAAGAACCUGCCACUGAGACCGGGAGAAAUCCUUGAUGUCAUUCAGUUUACAAAUCAGGAGCAAAUCCUCUGCCGGAACAGCCAGAGGAGGUAUGGCUACGUGCCCCGGGCUGUGAUGCUGCCUCUGGACACUGACAUCUAUGAUGACGUUGAGAUUUAUGGUGGCUCUGAAGAUAGAGCUGAAUAGAGACAACUGUAUUUCAGCUCUGCUCACAAGUACACACUUUACCUAAUUCUGGCAGGCUGAGCCAACCGUGCUGAGGCCAAAGGCACAAGAGAGCACCACAGAGACCUUCCCAAGGGCUGAAACACGAACAGCACCAGACACCAGGCUCCUUUUGUGAAGGAGCUCUGCUUCCUCUGAGACAGGCUGCAGAACCACCUUGUUCCUGCCAGAAGAGAACAGUAGCAUGGCUGCUCAGCAUGUGGUGCUGCACAGAUCCUGUCCCGUGGGGCAGGGGGCCCCAGAUCCUCAAGUCACACCAUCACUGUAGCUCUGUUUUGUCUGUGUAAAAUACAGCA